GGGUCAGAAGGAGUGGGGGUAGGGGCCCCACGGCAAGGGGCUCAGACUAUAAGAGUGGCCGGACAGUGACCCAUCCUAUCCUUGGGGGUCCACUUUUCUUCUCUGCUUUUCUCUGCCUUUGCUCCCUCAAGUCUACCUGGCAGCUAUGGAGGGCGUGGGUGUUCUGAAUGAAGCUAUUUGUGUUGUUAUCGGCGUCUUCCACAAAUAUUCAAGCAGGGAGGGUGACAAGAACACUUUGAGCAAGAAGGAGAUGAAGGAAUUGAUCCAGAAUGAACUCCUUGGAUCUAAAAUAGAAGAUGCAGAUGUUGCAGCACUGAUGAACAGUCUGGACCAGGACGGAGAUCAGGAAGUCAACUUCCAGGAGUUUUUCUCCUUCCUGGGAGCCUUGGCCAUGCUCUACAAUGAAUUACUGAAGGGAGAGUAAAUAGGCUGAAGAAAGGGAAACCAGGCUGAGGGUGCUGCCCCCUGCAGUCCCUAGCUGACCUGCCACAGCAAUGGGUACCUGGUGGGGGUUUUGUGUAUUAAAUAAAGUCUGGAACUGUG